CGUCACCGGAAACCAACCGGCACCUCUGACCCAUCUGCUGACUGUGAUGUGAAGUCCUCUGCGCCUGGCACAUCCACUCACACAAUCCACGGCAUAGUGUUUGAUGCGGGCAGCACUGGGACACGGAUCCACAUCUACACAUUCCAUCAUAGUGCUGUAGGCUGUAAGUGUCCUUCUUCUGCUCCUCCUCAGGCUGUAGGGACCCCUCUGGAACUAGAUGGGGAGAUCUUUGAGUCUGUGAAGCCGGGACUGUCUGCCUUUGCUGAGGAGCCCAAAAAGGGUGCAGAGUCCGUCCUCUCUUUGCUCCGCUUUGCACAGGACCACAUUCCUCCCAAAAAGUGGAUGAAAACGCUGCUGGUACUAAAAGCAACUGCUGGGCUGCGUCUGCUUCCGGAACACCAGGCCAAUGCCUUGCUGAUGGAGGUCAGGAAAGUCUUCAGCGCUUCUCCAUUUCUUGUCCCAGAAAACAGUGUCAGCAUCCUAAAUGGGACCGAUGAAGGAGUCUUGGCCUGGAUCACAGUCAACUUUCUGACAG